AGGACUUUCUUGCAGUUACUGUGCAGACUUCACUAAACAAACAGGCCUAGGAUAGAAUAUCCAUGGUCCGCCUUGGUUUUCUGACUAAGAUGUGACGUCAGUCUGGAGGGAAAAGGGGGGCCCACUGAGAUCCCCUCACUAUCUGCCAAGGAUGUGAGAGGCUGUUGCUGCUUCUGCACCACCCCCUUCAUUUCCCCACAAUCAACAGGAAGACUGGAGGCCAAAGAGAGCGGCCACACUCUUCAGGAGAGGAAGGACGUAGAGGUCCAGCUGUACAGUCAGAACAAAGGAAAACAAUCAAGGCAAAGGAAUGAGCAAGAAUCAGAAAGAAGUGAAGAAAAUUCAGUCAGUUUAUCUGCAGAACUUGGAAAAACUAAACCACGGGAUAAAGCCAGACAAGAAAAAUUGGAAACCAAAGGACGGAGACUUUGCUGUGCAAACAGCGAUGGAAAAGCUGCGACAGCCUCCCAUAGGUGGAAAAGUAACCAAAAGCUCAGCUCACAGAAUCAGCAGAGAUCUUACCUGCUCCAUCUGCUUGGAUCUUUUCAAGCAGCCGGUGUCCUUGCCCUGUGAUCACACCUUCUGCCAGGGGUGUAUUGAGGGUUACUGGAGCGGUCCCCGGGGCCCCGGACAGGGAGGCACAGGCUCCUGCCCUCAGUGCAGGAAGGUGUACCCCGGACAAAGCUACAGGCCCAAUCGCAUCGUUGCCAACAUAGUGGAAAGCUACUGUCAGGGUCUGGAGGAGAGCGGGACUGGAGCCCACCUGGCAGAUGUUGGGGUGACAGAGAGAGUUGCUGCUCUGGUGCCACGCUGCAGCAGACACAUAGAGGAGCUGAAGCUUUACUGUGAGGAGGACCAGGAGCUGGUGUGUCUGGUGUGUGGUCUCUCCCAGGAGCACAGAAAUCAUACCAUGGUGUGUGUCCAGGAGGCUGAACAGAAGUACAGGGCGUCCCUUAACAGCACCAUGGAUUCCCUUAAAGUUGAGCUCAACACAGCGCUGCAGUGUGACAGGGAAGCCGAGGACGAGGUUAAAAAGCUCAAGGAGCACACCGCUGACCUGAAGCAGCGCAUUGAGGCCCAGUUCAGCGACCUGCACCAGUUCCUGUACCAGGAGGAGAAGCUGCUGCAGGUGAAGCUGAAGACAGAAGAAAGGAGAGAGCUGAUCCGACUGGACGAGCACAAGGCCCUGCUGUGCGUGGAGAUCUCUCGUCUGCAGAGAGCCGUCCACGAGAUAGAGGACAAGCUGAAAGAGCAGAACCCGUUCACUCUGCUCCGGAGCAUCAAAGUCCUGCUCCAGAGGCCUUCGCUGAAGUUUGAGAAACCUACGUUUACACCGCCCAGUCUGUGCGAGGGUCGGUUUGCAGGGCCCCUGCAGUACAGAGUGUGGAAAUCCAUGAAAGGAAGCAUUUAUCCAGUUCCAGCAGCCAUCACAUUUAACUCCAGCACAGCCAACCCAUGGCUCAGCCUGACCUCCUCCCUCACCUGCGUUCGCUACCAAACCUUUAACCACACCGUGCAGGACAACCCCUACAGGUUCAACGCUGCCCUGUCACUACUCGGAAGCCAGGGCUUCACCCACGGACGCCACUAUUGGGAGAUUGAAGUUUACAGCAGCACGGUCUGGACUGUGGGGGUGGCCCGAGAGUCAGUGCCCAGAAAAGGUGUCAUCAAAGCCCUCCCAGCCAAUGGCUUCUGGACCCUCUCCCUCUCUUAUGGUAUACAGUACAUGGCCGGCACUUCACCCCCAACCGUCCUGUCCCUUGAGGAGCCACUGGCAAGGAUUGGCGUGUACUUGGACUACAAGAGGGGCCUGGUGUCCUUCUACAACGCAGAGAGCAUGACACACCUAUACACCUUCAGGGAGACCUUCACCGAGACGCUGUACCCUUACUUCAACUUGGGCUUUCUGGAUAAAGUGCAUGAAAAUGAGCCUCUCAAAGUUUUCUUACCAAAGAUUUAAAGAAAAAACAGUGCCAAAAAUACAAAUGAAAGGGUAACAAAAAGGGAAGAAAGUUACCGGUCAAACAUGAAAAGCACCUCUUUUUUUGAGAUGACGUAUUUUGGUCGCUGAUAUAAAUAAGAUUUAAUAAACUACAACUAAUAUCUUUACACUUUCUUUUGUACAGAAUUAGAUAAUACAUUAGAUUUGUAAUUGUGCAGUGUACAUUUGAUAUUUGAAGUAUCUGUUGAAUAGAAAACUCUGUAUCUUAAAGGGGCCUUGUGGAGUUUUUUGUAAACAAAGCGUUACUUAUGCAGCUUGCAGUCUUCUUCCUUCCUGCCUUUUUUUUGGCAUUGCAGCCUAUCUCAGCGUGUUACUGCCACCUGUUGAUCAGUGGAGUAGUGUGACACCACUGAUGGGACUGUAUAUGCACCCCUAAACAAAACAGGGACCCACUCAUAGAUAAACAGCUCCAUUGUGUUACUAGAGGUCUAAAACUCCACAGGGAACCUUUAAGUAACAUUUUUGUAACACAUUGUUCAGUUUGUAGACUGGAUCUACUGCCGCACAUUUCAUUUCAGAGAAGCUGUGCUUCAGUGAAGAAUGUGAAACUGUCUGGUUACCUGAGAUUUAUGUAGUACGCUAUUAUGGUUAUUUUCAUAAUUCAAUAAUCUUGCUUGUGCAUGAUACACUAAUACAUUCAAUAAAAUAUCUUUAUAAUCUAUGAAA